AGUCUACUUUGCUUGCUAUAAACAAAUCACAAAUGGAACCCAUCACGAAGCACUCUCUCUCUCUCAUCUUUCCUCUCUCUUUCUCUAUUCUCUCUCUCCUCUUUCCUCUCUCUUUCUCUCUCUACUCACAGUCAAACGCCUGCCAACAACUUCUAAUUGCUCUUUUAAAAACCACACCAUCGUCUCUCUCUCUCUAAAAGCUCACCUCCCAUCACCAUCUUUCCCAUUUCCCCACCCCUCUCUCUCCUCCCUCUCUCAAACCCAACUUUCCCAUUUCUCCACCCCUUUCUCUCUCUGACCUAUCUUUCCCAUUUUUCGCUUGGGCAGGUGGGGUGUCAUUUCAUUCAUGGCUCCUUCUCCCCAUCGACUGCAACUCCCUUUGUCUCCUUACCUCGUUGUCUCCCUCCUCUUCUAUCUCUACUUCUCAGUACUACUGCACACUGCAAACUCUCAAAACUCCGAUGUCAUUCUCCUUUUACAGAGCAUCAAGCCAGCUCUCCAAGGUCAAAACCAGCACCCCCUUCUCUCCACAUGGAACCUCUCCACCCCCCUGUGUCAAUGGCGUGGCCUCAAAUGGGGCUUCCAAGAUGGUUCUUCUCUCUCAUGUGAGAACCCAUCUUCCAAAACGAAUCUCUCUCUAGCCCGUGACCCCAACCUCCAACUUCUCUCUCUAGAGCUUCCUGCUUCUGGUCUUGUGGGCCAAAUUUCUCCAGAAAUGGUGAAGCUUUCCUCUCUGCAAUCUCUUUUUCUUGGUGUCAAUUCUCUCUCUGGUCCCAUCCCUCUGGAGCUCGGCAGCUUACCUUCUCUCUCUGAAAUCUCUCUCAAUGGAAACAACCUCAGCGGUAAUCUCCCUCCUUCUAUUUGGAACCUUUGUGACAAGCUUCUCUCUCUACAAAUCAAUGGCAACCAGCUUUCUGGUUCAGUUCCUGAACCUGCUCUACCCAAUGUGACAUGCCCAAAUCUUAGAGCUCUGGACAUGGGUAACAACCAUUUUGAAGGGGUUUUUCCUGAGUUCUUACUUGAUUUCCAUGGAUUGCAAGAGCUUAACCUCGCGAACAAUCUCUUCUCGGGUCCAAUACCUGAAGGCUUAAGUGGUUUAGAUUUGCAAAAGCUCAAUCUUUCCCAUAACAAUUUCACAGGAAAUUUACCAUCUUUUCGAACUGGGUUUGGAUCCGAGGCCUUUGAGGGAAACAACCCGAGCUUAUGCGGGUCUCCACUGAAAAGUUGCAGAAGUGGUUCUAAGCUUAGUUCAGGUGCCAUAGCUGGAAUAGUGAUUGGUUUAAUGGCUGGAAUGGUGGUUUUGGCUUCUGUUUUGAUCGGUUUGGUUCAGGGCCGUAAGAGAAAGAGCAGAGAUGAAGAAACAGAGGAGAUUGGAGAAGAUGAACAGAGUGGCGAGGGGAGAUUGAUUGUGUUUCAAGGAGGAGAGCACCUCACCCUUGAUGAGGUCUUGAAUGCAACAGGUCAAGUGAUGGAGAAGAGUAGUUAUGGGACUGUGUAUAAGGCUAAGUUAGCAGAGGGGGCAACCAUAGCUUUGAGGCUCUUGAGAGAGGGGACAUGCAGAGAGGGGGAUGAGUGUUUGUCUGUGAUAAGGGAGCUCGGCCGAAGUCGCCAUGAAAACUUGGUUCCUCUUAGAGCAUUCUAUCAAGGAGAGAGAGGGGAGAAGCUCCUCAUCUAUGACUAUCUCCCUCAUAGAACCCUAUCUGAGCUCCUUCAUGAGAACAGAGCAGGAAGGCCGCAGAUGAGCUGGGCCAGACGACAUAAGAUAGCCCUAGGAAUAGCAAGGGGCCUUGCCCAUCUCCACUCAGGUGGCGAAUCCCCCAUAAUUCAUGGCAACCUCAAAUCCAAAAACACAUUGGUCGACGAAUCAUUCGUUGCUCAUCUCACUGAUUUUGGCAUCGUAAAAGCCAUGGUGCCACAAGUCGCUGAUGAAAUGUUAGCUGCAACCAAAUUACAGGGAUACAAAGCUCCAGAGCUCCAAAAGAUGAAGAAAUGCAGUGUCAUGACUGAUGUAUAUAGCUUUGGGAUAAUAUUAUUGGAGAUUUUGUUGGGCAAGAAGCCUGGUAAGGACGCUAGAACAGGGGAGCAAGUGGAUUUGCCGUCUAUUGUUAAGGUUGCUGUUUUGGAAGAGAGCACAAUGGAGGUUUUUGAUGCUGAGGUUUUGAGGGGAGUAAGGAGUGCUAUGGAAGAGGGGUUAGUGCAGGCGCUGAAGUUGGCAAUGGGGUGCUGCGCCCCUGCACCGUCCGUGAGGCCCGACAUGGCUCAGGUUGUGCGACAGCUCGAGGAGAACCGCCCGAGGAAUAGAUCAGCGCUGUAUAGCCCAGCUGAGACGAGAAGCGGAACCGGCACUCACACACCAUUCUGAUAGAGAUCAUCUCUACCCUCGUCCCUCUCUCUGUCUCAAUUGUGUUGAUGGCAUCUCUAUUCUUUACAGCCUGGAAAAUAGCAGGCUCAUGGUGGGAGCUGGAGGGUAACUCCCUUCUGAUAGACCCUCCCCCCUCUCUUCCUCCAUUUUCGCUCUCUCUUCUUCUCUCUAUAUCAUAACCUUUUCUUCUUCUUCUCUUUGUCUCUCUGCAAACCUUUUUUCUUCUAAAGUUACUGUUAUUCCUUUUCCCCUCCAGGAGCAGAGGGGGCAUCAAUUGCUCUCUCUCUCUCUCUCUCUCUCUCUC